GACUAGGAGCAUCUGAAAAGUCUUCCCUGGGGGGCAGGUCGGCAGCAGGUGGCGCCGCUUUGCCCAAACCCUCCUCCAAACGCCCAAACCCCAAACACAGCCCAAGAGAGAGAGGCGAAGCGAGAGCCGCCGCGAUGCAGCAAGCGAUGUCCAUGCCGCAGGGGGCGCCGGCGCCGGGGAUGACUCCGGCGGGAGGACUCAGCACCGAGCAGAUCCAAAAGUAUCUUGAUGAAAAUAAGCAACUUAUUUUGGCUAUCUUGGAAAACCAGAACCUCGGAAAGUUGGCAGAAUGUGCUCAGUAUCAAGCCCAGCUUCAGAAGAAUCUCUUGUAUUUGGCUGCAAUUGCUGAUACCCAGCCACAGACCUCUGUCAGCCGUCCUCAGAUGGCGCCACCUGGUGCAUCGCCAGGUGCAGGUCAUUACAUGUCACAGGUGCCAAUGUUCCCUCCAAGGACCCCUCUAACACCACAGCAGAUGCAAGAGCAGCAGCUGCAGCAGCAGCAGCAAGCUCAGUUGCUUCCAUUCUCUGGUCAGAUGGUUGCGAGACCUGGGGUUGUCAAUGGCAUGCCCCAGUCUAUGCAAGUUGAACCACCCCAUGCUGCAGCAAUGAGGCUAGAUGCAGGUGGGGCCACUUCCGAACCCUCUGGCACUGACAGCCACAGGAGCACUGGAGCUGAUAAUGAUGGCGGAAGCGAUUUGGCUGAUCAAUCCUAAGAAAGCUAUGAGCUACCUUUUAGGCUGCAGAAUGCUCUACCAUGGUACCAUCCCGACUGAAGAGAGGAUCAUUCCGGUGCCCUUCAAUGAUAAGUGGCCGCGAUCUUCACGUGGAUGGCGACUAGUAGUGGUUAUGUUUACCUUUGCGUUUCCAGUCUGUAGAACAAACCUAGAUUGUGGUAUCUGUUGUGCCGUUCUUGACUUUCUGCAGUGUUGUCCGUCUGUAUCCAUUUUGUAUGGAAUAAUAUGUGCCGGUUGUUUCUUCGUCAUGGUGGUUGUCUGCCAACUAGAUGGUAGUGUAAAAUACUGAAAUGGUGAUCAAAAUUUUCUCCCGUCAGAUACUUCUCUCCAGCUAUUGAGGUAGUAUGACUUUGUUAUUGAAGAAUGGUUCACUUUUUCACUAA